AUGUUCGAGAAGUCCUUGUACGACCUCAUUCGAGGACUUCGAAGUCACAAGGGUAACGAAUCUGAGUACAUCCAAGGCAUCCUAAAAGAAUGCCGGACCGAGGUGCGGUCUCAGGACAUGGACGUCAAGGCUACAGCUUUAUUGAAGCUGAUCUACUUGGAAAUGUUUGGGCAUGAGAUGUCGUGGGCGUCAUUCCACGUCCUAGAAGUCAUGUCUUCCAAUAAGCACUUGCAGAAGCGAGUGGGCUAUCUUGGAGCAGCACAAACCUUUCGAUCUGAUACGGAAGUGCUGAUGCUUGCCACCAAUCUAUUGAAGAAGGACCUGUCAUCUGCGUCGAUACCGACAAUGUCACUUCCCCUGAUCACCUUGCCACACGUGAUCACUUCGUCCCUAGCCCUGUCCUUACUGACCGAUAUCCUCCCAAGGCUUUCGCAUUCUCAGCCUGUUGUCCGUAAGAAGACCGUUGUCACACUUUACCGACUUGCGCUUGUCUAUCCGGAGACCCUUCGAGUGGCUUGGCCUAAAAUCAAGGAGCGGUUGAUGGAUGCUGACGAAAAUAGUAGCGUCACUGCUGCCGUUGUCAAUGUCGUUUGUGAAUUGGGCUGGAGAAGGCCACAGGACUUUCUGCCCCUUGCCCCGAGGCUUUUCGAAUUACUCAUCGAGGAAGGUAACAAUUGGAUGUUGAUCAAGAUUAUUAAGCUGUUUGCGACGCUGACGCCGCUCGAACCUCGCCUAGUCAAGAAGCUGGUGCGGCCCCUCACAAACUUGAUUCAGACUACGGAAGCAAUGUCGCUACUCUACGAAUGCAUCAAUGGCAUCAUCCAAGGAGGCAUAUUCAGUGCCACAGAGAACGCGGGCGAAGGCGACGAGCUUGCUGCUCUGUGUCUUGGCAAGCUUCGGGGCAUGAUAGUUGUCGAGAAUGACCCUAAUUUGAAGUAUGUCGCUCUGCUUGCAUUCAACAAGAUCGUGGUCUCAUAUCCAGCACUUGUCUCAGCACAGCAAGACGUCAUCAUGAAAUGCUUGGACGACCCAGAUAUCUCAAUUCGAAUGCAAGCACUGGAGCUGGUGUCCGGAAUGGUCAGUACUGAUAAUGUCGCAUCUAUUGUAAAACGCUUGAUGAAGCAGCUCCGGAGCUCUCCCAUCAAUGCGAACGAACUUGAAGAUGAUGGCCUGGACUCAACACCAAUAGAGCCCAUGGCUGAUUCUGACGGCGAGGAUCCUGCCGAGAUCCUUAUCGAAGACCAAAGGACUUCCGAAAUGCCCCCCAUACCAAACGACUACCGGAGAGAGGUCAUCGCACGGAUCUUAGACAUGUGCGGACAGGACAAGUACUCAAAUAUUCCGGACUUCGAAUGGUACCUUGAGAUAUUGGUGGAACUGAUUCGGCUACUGCCCCCACGGAUCUCAUCUGAUACAGACCUUUCGAAUUCAGCUGUGGAAUCUGUGCCGGGGACGAGCCUUGCAGAGCGCGUGGGGUUUCAACUCCGUGAUAUUGCAGUUCGUGUCAAGGAUUUGCGCCCAGAAGCCUGUCGAGCAGCCGAAUCUCUCAUUCUGAUCUCCAAUCGCAGCGCGCUGUACCCACCUGUAGGAUCUGGGGCUGACCCUGUGCUUGGAUUCGUAUCCUGGAUGGUCGGCGAAUACUCGGAAUAUCUCGUAUCGCCGCAGGAGACGCUGAAUGCUCUCAUCCAUGAUUCAAGCGCAGCACUCUCGCCACAGAUCUUGUGUUCUUACUUGCAAGCUAUUCCUAAGGUCUUUCUACGAAUUGCUGCGAAAGCCAGUGACGGGUGGAGCUUAUCGGAAAGGGCCGCUAUAUCACUCCUGCUGGCCAGGGUGGUUGAAUUUGAGGAGACCUUGUCAACCCAUCCAAAUCUAGAUGUCCAAGAGAGAGCCGUGGAGUACUUAGAGCUCUUCCGGCUAGUCACUGAAGCUUUGUCUUCUCUACAAUCGGACGACAGAGCGCCUUUGUUACUCACAUCAGUAAUUCCAGAGCUGUUUACUGGACUCGAGCUGAACCCUGUCGCGGCUGGUGCACAGAAGAAGAUAUUACCACCAGAAGAGCUCGACUUGGCGAAUUCCAUCAACCCAAGAUUGUCUUCUCUGUUACAGCUAUCACGGACAGAAGAGGAUGCUGAAUUUGACGACGAAGCAUUCCAAGCAUUCUAUAAUGAACGGGAAGCUGCGCCGCCGGUGAAGGCACAAAACCUCAAGGCAUCAGUGCCAAAAGUUGCGGAGCAGUUAUCUUACCAAGCGGCAGAAGAUCCGGAUAUCAGCGCAAGAAGAAAGGCGGAGAAACGUGAACGGAACCGAGAUGAUCCGUUCUAUAUUGCACAAGGGAACGACGAUUCAGGCCGGUCUUCGCCAAUUGACAUACUACGAGGCAGCAACGGGAAAGACCUGGACCUGGAUGCAAUUCCGAUUGUAGACUUAAGACUAGACGAAAUAGACAUACGAGCUCCCGGAGGACAGACCGAGCCUUCGAAGCAGAAGCGCCCAAAGGCAAAGAGAAGAGUUGAAAUAGCAGCUGACGAGAACUUCGACUCGGAGAUACCAUCUUCAGGCAACGAUUCGGCACCGCGGAGCUAUGAGGCGGGGCAUGCCUUCCCAUCUGGAAAGCCACCCAGGCCGAGGAAGAACUUGUUGCAAGUUGACUCCAGUGGCCUGCACCAGCUAUCAUUGAUUGAUGAUGCUAACGCAGACCGAUUUAACCUUCAGCGGAGAGAGGAGGAGGAAGCAGAGAUGGCAGCGGCGUUGAAAGAGGUCGAGAGGAUGAGGCUUGAAAUGCAGCGUGCGGCUGAACGCGUAGAGACCGCCGAAGGAGUGGACGCUGAAGGUACAGUCGUCAAAAGAAAAAAGAAGCGUAGACCCAAAGGACAGACAGAGGAUGCUCAAGGGGGUGCCGCUGCUGAACAGCCGCCAGAAGAGACUGCGGUGGUUAAGAAAAAGAAGAAGAAGAAGAAGCGGUCUGAAGAGGAAGCCAUGAGGGCAGAUACCUAG